CAGACAGGUUCAGGUCUACAGAGAGACAGACAGGUUCAGGUCUACAGAGAGACUCAGACAGGUUCAGGUGUACAGAGAGAUGAAGAUGAUGAAGAUGAUGAAGAUGAUGAAGAUGAUGAAGAUGAUGAAGAUGAUGAUGGUCCUCUCUGGUCUCCUCUGUGUCUCAGCUGACGUGUUUCAUGAGGACUUUGCUAUCACCGGCUGUUCAGACUCUGAUGGAGAGUUUAUGUAUGCUCUGGAUGGAGAAGAGAAGUGGGUCGCAGACUUCAUCAACCAGAGAGGAGUGGAGCCUCAUCCCAGUUUCAUAGAUAACUUUAACUACCAAGAAGGAGCUUAUGAACAAGCUGUGGCUAAUCAACAGGUCUGCAGACAGAACCUGAAGAAUGCCCGUAUAGGCAUGAAGGACCUCCCAGUGGAGCAUGAUGCUCCUUCCAGUCCGAUGGUGUACACCAAAGAAUCCGUGGAGCUCGGAGAGAAGAACACCCUCAUCUGUUAUGUGACUGGUUUCUAUCCUGCUCCUGUCAUCUUCUCCUGGACAAAGAACGGAGAGAACAUCACCGAAGGAAGCAGCACCAACGUUCCCUACCCCAACAAAGAUGGUUCCUUCAACCAGUUCUCCAGACUGGAGUUCAUCCCACAGCUGGGAGACAUCUACAGCUGUAGAGUCCACCAUCUGGCCCUGGACCACCCACUGACCAGAAUCUGGGAUGUGGAGAAGACUCAGCCCGGUAUUGGACCAGCAGUUUUCUGUGGACUGGGUCUGACUGUCGGUCUGCUCGGUGUGGCUGCUGGAACCUUCUUCCUUAUCAAAGGAAACGAGUGCAGCUGAUUGGUCGGGACUGACGAUGAUGUCAUUAUGGUUUAUGUAGAGUAGAUGUGGUACAGAUGUGAGGAGCUGCUUCCUGGAGAUUUAACUGGUUUCUUUCUGCUUCAUAUAAAAUAUAAAAUAUAUCUGAAUGUUAUUAACAGCUUCUUCACCAACUCUCUGAUGUUCUCUGCAGGAAAUUCAUAUUUUAAACUAAUGAUCUGUAUUGUUUUGUAUCUCAAUAAAUAAUCAUUUUAUGAACAUUCUCCCAUGAA